AUGUUUACACUGUCAGCGGGGGGAGGACUUCCUACUGUGCCUGCUUUGAGUGUGCCUGAACGCAAGUAAGUUUCAAUGAUCCAGUGCUUUUAAAAACCACUAAAAAGGACUAGAAAUCUCAAUAUGGGAUGGUAGUAAAAUACCAAACCUAUAAAUUUUGUGGAACACUGAAUAGAGCUCCUAGGGAAUAGUUUCUCUUUUGGAAUGAAUGAAAUGCUUUUGAAUACAAAGAUUGACUGGCAAAACAUGUGAAAUUAUGAUUUUUUUAUAUGCAGUAGCCAAAUCUCCUACAUACAACGGCAUACAAUGUGCAUACAAUGGCACUUGCAGAUAUUUUAUAUAACCGGGAGAGUACUUUGCUACAAGUCUGAUGCUUGCUUAAAAUCAAACAUGGACAUUUGGUCUGCUUUAUUUUCCUCUUUUCCUAGAGCUGAACUUGCCACCGUGGAAGAACAUCAACAUGUACAUUGCGUCAACUGUGUUAGUCGGCGUUGUAUGACCAGACCAGAGGCUGGCAUUUCCUGUGAUUUGAUUGGUUGUCCUUUGGUUUGUGGAGCAGUAUUUCAUUCAUGCAAAGCUGCAGAGCAUCGCCUUUUAUGCCCACUUGAAAGAGUGCCUUGUCUCAACAGUGGCUUUGGCUGUCCAUUUACUGUAGCCCGAAACAAAAUUGCUGAACAUCUAGAAAUUUGCCCUGCAAGUGUGGUAUGCUGCACGAUGGAGUGGAACAGAUGGCCUGUCAGUUAUGCAGAUAGAAAAUCUUAUGAGAAUCUUAGUAAAGAUGUUGAUGAAGUUGAACAGUUAGACAUGGCUCUUGCCCUUCAGGAUCAACGAAUGCUCCUUGAAUCCCUCAAAGUAGCAACUAUGACAUCGAAAACAGGUGAUGAGGUGGUAAAAUCCAGAGAACAGACUUCUGUUGCAGGUGCCCCAGAUGCUGCACUUUCAAAUGGCUUGAUGCCUGUAGAUGAAGAGUCUUAUGGUGCACUUUAUCAAGCUACUGUGGAAACGACAAAGAGUUUAGCUACAGCUCUAGAUAUCCUGAACACUGCUACUAGAGACAUAAGCAUGUUAAGCUCAAAGCUUGGCAUUUCACCACCUAAAACAACUGAGGAUUUUCAGCCAAAAGAGCAAAAUUGUAGUAGAAUGCAUAAAGUAGAACUUGACUGUCUAGAUGAAGAUAACAUGGGAGCAGUUGGUGGUAUUCACCUGGAUAUCUUGAAUCAAAAUGCGCAGUUGGAACAAAAUGGCUCAAGUGACAUUUGUUACGACACCAUGCAACAGUACAAUUUGAAUAUGGGUCUUGAUACCUCUUUAUGCAAUGGCUUUCAUGCAGACAAUACAAGCGCAGAUACACUGCAAGAGAGUAAAGAACUUGGUAUGUGUAAUUCUGACCAAUCUAAUGUAGCAAAUGGUGUAUGUAAUGCUUCUCAUGUUGAAGCAUUGGGCUAUUGCAGCCCUAUUCCUGUAGCAACACAACUUAAGGAAGAAUUACCUCUCCACAGUUUGUCUAACGGCACUGUUAAUCAUGUAUAUCUGCCACAGUACUGUAAUGAAGAACUGAUACAGAAACAAAUUGAACAAGACAGACUGAGAAGCAUAGAUGUAUUUUCUUUAAUUCCUCAUCGUACCUAUAAUUUCCUUGCAAAUCACUACAUAUCUGCACCAAAGGAAGACAAAGCAGUGGAUACAUCAGAUUUGGAAAUAACAGAAGAUCCUAUGGGUCUUCAUGGAAUAGAUUUAAUCACAGCAGCAUUACUGUUUUGUCUUGGAGACUCUCCCGGUGGUAGGGGAAUAUCUGAUAGUCGUGUUAUUGACGGAUACCGUGUUGAUUUUGGGACGCAGACGUUUUCUCUCCCUUCUGCAAUUCUGGCCACAAAUACAAUGGUAGGGGAAAUUGCUUCAGCCUCUGCAUGCGAUCAUGCAAAUCCACAGCUCUCAAAUCCAAGCCCUUUCCAGACUCUUGGGCUAGACUUGGUGCUAGAAUGUGUGGCUAGAUACCAAACAAAGCGUUCAAUGUUUACAUUUGUUUGUGGACAGUUGUUUAGACGAAAUGAAUUUCCUUCGCAUUUUAAGAAUGUACAUGGUGACAUUCAUGCUGGCCUCAACGGCUGGAUGGAGCAGAGGUGUCCUCUGGCGUAUUAUGGAUGUACAUAUUCUCAACGCAGAUUCUGUCCUUCAACGCAAGGGGCAAAGAUUAUUCAUGAUCGGCACCUUCGGUCAUUUGGGGUUCAGCCAUGUAUAUCUACUGUGCUGACGGAGCCUGAUAAGAGAUGCUGUUUAGGACUGCGUAGUGACCACCUGAGUAAUCUUCCUUUUGAAGUUCUACAACACAUUGCAGGUUUUCUAGAUGGUUUUAGUUUAUGUCAGCUUUCACGAGUGUCGCGAUUAAUGAGGGAUGUGUGCGGAAGUUUAUUACAGGCACGAGGAAUGGUCAUACUGCUGUGGGAAAAGAGGACAUAUCCAGAUGGAAGUUCUUCGUGGCAAAUAAAAGAAAAGGUUUGUAUGCAUAACUAUACAUGGAAUUGCCUUUACCUCUGUUUUAGAAUUAGUAUGUUCUUUUGUCUAUGGGUUGAGGUCUUCCAAGCGUGGUGGGUCCUCAUCACUGCUAAUAAAGAUAGAAGAGGAACUAAAAGUAAGAAUUGUGCUUUUUGAACAGGAAGCCUCUAGUGCCCCAUAAACCCCUGGGCUAUGAUCUGCCUAGUUCCCCAGCACUAGACAAACCAGUUGUGACCAGGUUAAUAAUUCAAGAGUAUGAAAGCAAAGCAACAAAAACGUUUGCUGCAAGAAAGGCAAAAGACCUUGGAAGCAAAUGGUCCCUUGGGAACACGGGUCAGAUUCCUCCCUAGCCUUGUCAACCAGUGGCUAGUGAACACCUAUAGCAAAUAGAGUGGGCAGCAAAGUAAUGAGAGUAAGCAAAGAAAACAUUAGCCUGUGUGGUGUGCUAAUUGAUCAGAGGUAAGACCAAAGCUGAUGUAUGGCCAAGGCAGUGAGACUUAUGCUGGAUGAGCCAAGUGGCACUGGACAGUGUGGGACCCUGGCUGAAGCAGGAGUUUGUAGUGAGUUUAUAAAGAAUUGGAUCUGUAAAAGGUUAUGAUAGUGAGCACAAGCUAAAUAUUGAACAUAACUCUUUUCAGUAGUAAAACGUAAACACAACCCUAAUAAAUAUUUGUAGAUGGGCUCUCUCUGUAAGACCAGCGCAUUUGACUUAAAACAAUUUGAGAAUAAAAGAGCACCACAUGGUUUAAGGGAAUGCUGUUACAAAAUCUGUAGAUUAAGAAUGUGUUAAUGAUGCCCUGUACCUUUAAAAAUAUUUAUAUCCUGCUUUUCAUUAAAGAUUGGUUCUUGAGGCAGCUAAUCAUUAGGAUCCAGUGUGGUUAAAAUUGCCAUAGAAGUUAAUGUGUUUGUGGCAGGAGGAAGGAUGCCUACUGAUAACUAUUAUUUGAGUCUUUCAUUUUGACUUACUCUUGCCAUAGCUUCUUAUUGCUAAGAAAGAAGGAUGCAGAUGAAAGGUUUUCUGGUUGCCAAACCAUUACACUUUGGUUGAUAACAUCUCACAGGCUUAAUUGCCAGUAAGAACAUUUCCCUCCUCCCCACACUCUUCACUUUUGGCGAUACGUGGCUAGUGUUACAUCUACAGGUGAAACUUGAAAAAUUAGAAUAUCGUGGAAAAGUUCAUUUAUUUCAGUAAUUCAACUUAAAAGGUGAAACUAAUAUAUGAGACAGACUCAUGGCAUGCAGAGCGAGAUAUGGCAAGCCUUUAUUUGUUAUAAUUGUGCUGCUCAUGGCGUACAGCUGAAAACCCUGUACACCAACACCUGUACACCAACACCUGAUAAUCAAACCCUCAUCUGAAUAUAUUUUCAAACCAUGGUUUGGCUGUAACUGGUUAGCAAAAAAAUCAAUUGCUGUUGCAAUGUUGGCCCGUUACCUCCCAUACCAAAAAGAAGGAUGAGGAGCUGGGGGAACAGUCUUGAUAAUCAAACUGUAGCUUCUUGAUCAGACCACUGUAUUGUCUUAUGAACUUAGGGUUUUGUGUUUACUGCUGUACUGCCAUGCACUUAGUAGUUGGGAAACACUGCUUCCAAACACUGUUAUAAAUGCAGUCUUUGAACCUGAAAAAGCAGAACUAAAUGCACUUUUAUAAGAAAAAUUUAUUUUCUAGGUAUGGCGAUUCAGCACAGCUUUUUGUACUGUAAACGAAUGGAAAUUUGCUGACAUUGUAAGCAUGGCUGACCACUUGAAGAAAUGCAGUUAUAAUGCUGUAGAGAGACGGGAGGAAGCUGUACCACUACCAUGCAUGUGUGUCACACGAGAACUUACAAAAGAAGGACGGUCAUUGCGCUCUGUCUUGAAACCUGUACUUUAA